UCCUAAAAUGUUCAAAAAAUGUGAUGCGACAGUAUGUCGGGUAAUACAAACUUACAACCCUGAAGAUGAGAAAUUCAACAUCGGUGGAGCUAAGUUACCAUUGCGCAACAACGACAUCAGGUUGAUCUUCGGCGUACAAUGUGGGAGGGAGAAAUUGGAUAUGACACAUGGUGGGAAAGGGCCGUCUGAUUUCAUCCAAAGACGUUGCGCAAAAGUUAGCCGAAUUUCUUCAAAAUUAAUAAAGGACUUGCUGGGAGAAGCAAUAUGUGGUCGUACAGAGCGUGACGAAGAAGAUGUGGCGAAAUUGCUGUGUGUUUAUGUGUGCGCCAAGUUAUUUUUCGCAACGACCGGCGAGCAUAUAGGUUGGGCAUUUGUCAGUGUGAUCGACAAACUGGACACAUUGCAACAGUAUGACUGGAGUGCAACAAUAAGGAACACAUUGAUUGGGUCACUGAAUGAGAUGCACAAUAAGCCAGAGAAGGUCACUGGUUGCGUAGUAGCAUUGCUGUUUCUUAUUUGUGAGCAUUCCAACAUCAUCGCUCCGGAACGGCCUGACGUGACACCACGAUUUUGUCGAUGGAACAUUGCAUCCGCUGUGGGUAAACUAAGAGCAAUAAAUUUGUCGUCAGAAGGUUGCUUUGAGGUCCACUGUGCCAAACUUGUUGGGACGAUUAAUGAAUGUCAUAUUCUGAAGGUGCCUGCUGCUGCUAUUGAAACAAAAGAAUGUGGUAGAAUUAGGAUGGAUGUGGAACCACCUGGAGUGUGCGAUGAACGCAGGGCUGUGAUUGAGACAGAUGAUGUUGGCAGCGUGGAGCCAAGCUUCAAUUGUUGGCAGCCGGCCAAAAAAACCAAGGGUGACAUGCAAAUUGAGGGGGGCAAUGACUAUGAUAAUAAAAAUACUGGAACACCAACCAGCAAGGAAAAAGUAGCUGGGAAGCUGGUGUCACGUGGAGAUGUUUUGCCGGUAUUGUUCCCAGAUCUUCUGGAACUGGCCAGCACUCCAGAUGGUGAAGACGUGGGUGAGGAACAAAGAGGGGUGCACAAUGAGCUGAUAACUUGUAAAGUCAGAAUUACUGAAUUAGAGAGCCAGAUCAAUAUGAAAGACGUACAGAUAUGUGAACUGGAACAGCGUGUGGAAACACUGGAAAAACUGCUCGGGCGGCAUGCUGGUAAUUUGUUUGCAAACUUAAAUACUGUGAUUGUGGAUAAGGAUGCAGAAAUUGCACGGCUCACCAAGCAGGUUGAUCGAUUGGACAAAAAAGUAAGCAAUUUGGAAGAUAGUCUUGAUGACCUCGAGGUGCACGAGGUGACACAAUUUGCUGUGAAUGAUGGAUCCAAUCAGCGAACACCAAGUAAUAGUGUGUCAGGGAAAGUGAGUGGGUCUGCCAAUGUGACGAGUUGCGAAAGUGCGCAGCAGUUUGCAUGUCCUACAGGGCAACCCGAAGACGUGCGGAUCAACGAAUUACAACUUGUUGACAAUGACCCUGGGAUUGAAGAUUUGACCGAUGACUUUGCAGAUGGGAUUUUGCAUACAACUGUAGCAAUGGGUGAGGGUAGCUGCAGCCCCAUAAAUGCACAGACAGUAGCUGCUGGCAAUGUAAAAGAUGGCGCAGCUGUCGUUGUUGUAGAAGGUCAUUGCGAACACCCAGCAGGUGCAACAAGUUCUGGGCCGAAAAUUACGUCACUUGUGAAAAGGGUGAAGAACAAGGCAAGACGGGAAUUUAGGUUAUCAGAUUACGAAUAUCCCGGCAUAUUCGGGCGUACACAGGUAAACACCAAUGUCAGACUUGGUAAAUCAGUUGAACCAGGGGUGAUUUACAGUGUUGAGGACGUCGAGGUGGAGCGUAAAACCUGGAAUGGCUUCGGUCUGAAUAGGCGGCACACUGUGUGGAACAUGCUGAAGGAUGAAGACCGAGAACUACUACAAAGAAUGUACACUUUAGAGGGGGACGGGUUAAUAGUAUGGGAUGGUGGACACAAUGGAAUACAAGUUCAUUUUACGGACAUCAAAGAUUUGGUGCAGCAGAACUCCAUACACGGCAAUGUAAUCGAUGCGUACGGUGCAAUGUUGACUGAAAUGCAUAAGAUGGUAUCUGGAAGGGCAGAAUAUGUUGGGACAUCGUACAUUUACACUAGUGUUUGUUCAGAUAUGAUGCGAAACAGCAGUGCUGUUUCCCGAGCGAAGUAUUUGAAUGUUCACAUGAAGGCUGCACGAGGUUGCAGAUACACAGUUAUCCCAAUCUACAAUGCCAACCAUUGGACAGUCAUGGCGUGCGAUGUAGAAAGUGGGAAUUGGAAACAUUACAACUCGAUGCGGCCAAGACGUGGAGUGCGCGAUGAGCACUACAAUGUGGCUCUAAAAGUUGUAAGUGCUGUUUUAAAAUUUCAGUUUUGAAUGUGCAUGAUGGGCAGAAUUUAAUGUAGAAAAUGUUAAUGUUACUGUGGGCAAAACUGCACUGACAUGUGGAAAAUGGACAGAAACAAUGGGUGGCUGAUCACCACAACAAAUUUGUGAAGCCUCGAGUUACAGCUGCAGCUGUUGGGUCAGAGCUGUUUGAUGGCAGUUUUGUAUCUGUUCUGGAUUGUCCACAACAAGUUCCAGAGUCAUUGUGGGAUUUUCGUGUGCUUCAUAAUCAGGCAGUACGUACGUGGUGCAGAAGUGAAUACUUUGAUGGACGGCCUGACCCCAACUGGGCUACGAGCUGCAAUGGUGGAAAUGUUCUUAAGUGACCCGGGCAGAGGACUCCGUGGGAGGACAUUAUAAGAGGUUGUGAAG